AUGCCGCAGGCAGAGCGCAUUAGCCCAGCCACAGGGGCCUCGCAAGGGGGCCUGCGGGCAGAUGGGCAGCAAGGUGUGCUCGGGGUUGACUGGGGGGCAGCAGGAAAACAAAAGGGGGGAUUCCUGAGGGCUUUUGCUGGCCCAGGGAAGGGCGGGCCACGGCUCUGCGGGGCCUGGCCUUUCUUUGCCCGGCUGCUGAGUGAGUGGGCGUGCCAGAUGCCCGCGCCUGGGCACAGCACUGGGCCGGCGGUCUCUGUGCCCCCUCCUGGCCUGCCCACCCGUGCCAAGAGAGCAGGGGGAGGGCCAGGGGCCACCGUUCCCCCUCCGAGGCCUCUCCCCGGAGCGGCUUUCCAGCCCCAGCAGGCCAUCGACGGGGGGCCUGCAGCGGGCGUCGAGGGCCGGCCCAAGGGAGGGUCGCGCGCGGUGCUGGGGGGAGGCGGGGCAGGGCAGGGCAGGGCGGGCGGCUCGCAGGAGCGCCGGGCGGUUCCCAGGAAGCCUUCGAGCCGGCGCGCCCGAGGCCCUGCGCGGCGAGAAGGGGGCCCCGCGCCGCCCCGCCGGGCUCCUCCGCGCCCCUCCGCUCUGCCGUCCGGGCGGUGCGGUGCCCGAGCCCCCGGCUGCGGGGCGAGCGAGGCGCCCGUCGCUCCCCGCUCCUCCGGGGCCCGCGGUCGGAGGGGCUGCCCGAGGCCCGGCGCCGCUUUCGGCCUCCCGGAGCCCCGGCGCGAGGCCAGCCGGAGGAGCAGCGGGCAGGCCAGGCGCGCUCCCGCCCGCGCCCGCGCCCGCGCCCAUAUGCAAAUGCGCCGCCCGCCCGCCCGGCACGCGCCCGGCCCCGCCCCUCGGGGCCUCCGGCGGGGGCGCCUUUGCAGGGGGCGGGGCGCCACGGGGUCGCGCUCUCGCCGGAGGCGUCCAGCAAGCCGCUCGGGGCAGAGCCCAGCCCAGCCCAGCCCAGCCCUGCCGCGGAGCCGCGGGGGCGGAAGGGCCGAGGGCCGGCUCUGGCCUGGCCCCCUCGCCGCCCCCAGCAGAAUGAGGUCGGCGGGGCGGGGCCGGGCAGGGCAGGGCCGGGCGGGGCCGCUUUCCCCGUCUUUCUCGCCGCCCCGACGGGGGCGCCGCUGCGCUGGGAGGGGGCAAGCGGAGAGCCGGCCGGAAAGGCCCCCUGCCGGGUCCCGACGGGGCGCUGCUGGCUGCGCGGCCGCACGGGAGCUUCCGGGGCCGUCGGGCGCCCGGGGCUUUCCGUGCCCGGCCCGUCUCGCCUGUCCCGGGCGCGCCUGCCGCUGCCCUGUGCCCGGCGCGGCGCGGCUGAGGAGCGAGCCGGGCUUCCGCUCCCCCAAGACCGGCGCAGCGGCCGCGGCCUUGGGCGGCAACGAGGGGCCCCUGGGGCGCUCCGCGGCACGAAGGCCCGGGCAGGGCGCGCGUCUCCGGGCGGGGGCUCCGGCCCGGGGAGAGGCGCCCGGCCGCGACUCUGGCGAAGCGGCUGGAGAAGCCUGCGCGUGGCCCCCGCCUCGGCCACGCGGCGCCACACGGAGGGCCCGCCGGCUUCGCGCGGGGGCCGCAGAGCAGGGCGGCGGCAGGGGAGCUGCUGCUGCUGCUGCUGCCGCCCCGUCGCUGCCGGCUCGGCUCUUCCCUGGCCGGGCCUCGGCCGGCGCUCCGGGCCCCGCGCAGUUUGCGCCCCGCGGCGCAUCUCUCCCCUGGGGCUGCCGGGCGGCCGUCCCCUGCCCGCGGCGGCGGGGCCCGUUCAAGGCCUCCGUGCGCGCGGCGGGGGCGCGCGCGGGCCGUGUUGGGGGGCGAGGCUCGUUCCCUCCCUUGCUCCCGGGCACUCCCGAGGCUGCGCUCUGCCGCGGCUUGGCUUGGUGCGAGUGGACCCAAGGGCUGGUUUCAGCCCCGGAGAGGCGUCCCUGCUCCCUUCUGGCCUGCCGCGGCCCUCAGCCUCUCGCGGGUGACCCGAUGGCUGGCUGGUGCCCCCGUGUCUGCGGAGGAGCUGUGCCCACCCUUCGGGCUGGCCGGCCUCCCUUGCUCUUGCUGGGGCUCGAUCCCUUCCGAGCCCGAGUCUCUCUCCCUGGUGCAAGUGCCUGA